AUGUCUUUCGCCGCGAUUCGUGCACCACUUCGCAGGCAGGCUUUUAUUCAACGGAGGCCUCCUCCAGCAGCCAAGUCCAACACUGGUCUCUAUGUUGGCCUGGGUGCCGUCGUUCUGGGCGGUGGUGUUGCAUACUACUUAUAUGGCUCAUCAUCGGAGACGGCGAAAGUGACUUCUACUGCGUUGAAGUCUGCGGCUCAGUCAGCAAAAGUUGCCACAAACUUUGUCCCGACUAAGGAAGACUACCAGAAAGUAUAUAACCGCAUCGCCGAGGUAAUUGACGAUGCUGACGACUAUGAUAAUGGCUCUUUCGGCCCUGUGGUUCUCCGCCUGGCGUGGCAUGCCUCUGGAACAUACGACAAGGCUACGGGCACUGGCGGAAGCAACUACGCGACCAUGCGUUUCCACCCUGAGUCACUCCAUGGCGCUAACGCGGGUCUUCACGUUGCCCGUGAAUUGAUGGAGAAGAUUAAGCAAGAGUUUAGCUGGAUCAGCUACGGUGACUUGUGGACGCUUGCUGGUGUCGCUGCUGUGCAGGAGAUGGCUGGUCCGAAGGUUCCUUGGAGGCCUGGGGCGCAGCAUAUCCGGGAUAUUUUCUACCGUAUGGGCUUCGACGACCAAGAAAUCGUUGCUCUCUGUGGUGCCCAUGCUCUCGGUCGUUGCCACAGUGACCGCUCUGGUUAUGAUGGACCUUGGACCUUCUCUCCUACCAUGUUCACUAAUGACUUCUACAAGCUCUUGUUUGAUGAGAAGUGGGUGUGGAAGAAGUGGAACGGACCUAAGCAGCUUGAGGACAAGAAGACCAAAUCGCUUAUGAUGCUCCCAACGGACUACGUUCUUACACAGGAUAAGAGUUUCAAGAAGUACGCGAAGGCCUACGCUGACGACGUUGACCUGUUCUUCAAGGAUUUCUCUGCCGCUUUCGCCAAGCUCCUCGAGCUAGGUGUCCCUACCCAGCAGUUUGUCGCAUCCGAGGCCUGGAUUAUGCAGACUGUUGACGAUCAGAAGUCCUAAGUUGUGCAUAGAGCAAUUUAUCAUGGAAGGUAGAUUAUGUUACCCCUGCUUCGUCUUACCGAUAGAUUUAGGACCACAAUGCUAUCUUGAGCUUAUAAGUACAUACAGUACCUUAUACGUACUAACGCCUGGCGGGAUUGACUUUUAGGUGCUUUAUUCGUAAAUAAUUGGUCCACAGAUAUGAUGAAGUUUCUUGUUGGUCAUGUG